UUUUUCUCCACAAUCUACACCAGCUCCUUGCUGCUGAUGGCAGUCAGUGUGAUCCGCUACAUAGGAGUAGCAUUUCCUAUCAGCUAUCAUCUACUGCAGAAACCUGUGUAUACAAUUGUUAUCAGUGUUGCUGUUUGGCUCAUCUCAUCAGCACACUGCAGCAUUGUUUUCGUCAUCCAGCAUCACCCAUCUCUGGCCAGUAAUAACUCCAAUGCGUGUUAUGAACAGUUUUCAGAGAAGCAGUUGAAGAUCCUCCUCCCAGUACGUCUGGAGUUUUUCUUUGUACUCUGCCUCAUACCUCUUCUUAUUUGUGUUUACUGCUACUUGCGCUGCAUCUCGAUUCUGUACAGCCGUCCCAGGAUAUCCCAGAUGCAGAAACAGAAGGCCAUUGGCAUGGCCUCAGGGACUCUUGCUGUGUUCCUCAUUUGUGUUCUGCCAUACAAUUUAUCUCAUUUAAUGGGUUACAUCCAGGGACAAAGCCCAGAGUGGAGGUACUACACCUUUCUGCUUAGCUGUUUCAACACUUGCAUUGAUCCCAUUAUCUUCUACUUUUCCUCGUCCACCUUUCGCUUCUCAAGUGAAACAUUCAUUUUUAGGAAGUGGUUCACUUUAUUAGGACUGAAAAGGAACAACAGCACCACUAACUAAGAGAUGGAAAAAUACUUUUUCAAAAUUAAAUGUACCAUUAACACAUUUAAGUUCACUGCUGAUGAUGAUCUAAUAUUUUUCGAGAGGACUGUAUUUUCCUUUUGAAACCAUUUUUCCUGUUUUCUGCAAAAUUCAAAGA